CAGAAUAUAGGACCCCAAAAAUGUCUGUCAUGUUCUAGGUUCUCCGAAGGGUGAUAAAAAUUUAAAGUCAAUUCGAAAAGUUGUUUUCCUGCCUUCAAAGCUCUGAUGGAAAGCGGCGAGGAGCAGCUGCAGCUCGAGCUGGACAUGAUUUCGGAGGCGAGUCGACGGGUCAGCAACUUCGAUGACCUCAUGGAAAUGACCAACAACUCGGAGCGUCUGAUUGCGAGUGUCAACUCAAGCCUAGACGCCCUAAACUCCGCCCUGGAUAACCUGGAGGAGCGAACGGAGAACGUUCUGGUGGAGAUUCGACGGCUAAUCAGCUCGGAAAUGCAGCCGCAGAGUCCACACGAUGGGUGCGGAGAUCCGGAUGCCAGAGCGUAGGCGGGAAAUACACUGAAAACGUACAUUAUGUGAAAUAAAAACAUGAAAUGUAUAAAAAAA